AUGGUGGCUACCAAGAUGUCCACCUUCUGGGUUAUGGAGCUAUGGCCCAGUUGUGGGGAAGGCCUGAGGAAUCUGGGAUUGGAGAGGGCAUUGCAACGAGGCUGUUCCAGAUGUGUGCCUUUCCCUGGAAUGGCUGGGAGCCCUGGCCUCGCCCUCUGGGCUUGGGUGGUCCUGUGUCUGGUGAGCGGGUGGGAGACCUCGGGGGCGCCCCACCGCCCCUUCGUGGUCGUGUGGAAUGUGCCUUCAGCCCGGUGCCAGACCCGCUUCGGGACACCUCUGCCCCUGGCACCCUUUGGCAUCCUGAGUAACCGGGCCCAGCGCUUCCGGGGUCAGAACAUCUCCAUCUUCUACAAGAACCAGUUUGGGUUGUACCCCUACCUGGCACCCUCAGGGUCUCGGCAGAACGGAGGCAUCCCCCAGGCCGCCCCCCUGGACCGACACCUGGCACGGGCAGCGAGGCAGAUCUGCCAGCUGCUGCGUGGGGAUUUUGAAGGCCUGGCCGUGGUGGACUGGGAGGAGUGGCGCCCGCUGUGGAGUCGCAACUGGGGACCCAAGAGGAUUUAUCGGGAGGCCUCCCUGGCCUGGCUGCAGCAGAAGUGCCCGUGGCUCGCCCCCAGCCAGCGGCUCCACGUGGCGCAGACCGGUUUUGAGCAGGCAGCCCGGGAGUUCAUGGAGGACACGCUUCGGCUGGGACGGGCACUGCGGCCCCGCGGGCUCUGGGGCUUUUACCGCUUCCCCGGCUGCUUCAACCCCUGGCGAGCAGGGCGCAACUACACGGGACGCUGCCACCCCGCCGACAGGCCCCGCAAUGAUCGUCUGCGUUGGCUCUGGGAGGCCUCCAGUGCCCUCUACCCCAGCAUCUACCUCCCCCCGGGCCUACCCGCGGCCCAGCGCCAGCGCUACGUUGGGCACCGGCUGGGAGAAGCCUUCCGGGUAGCUCAGUUUGGGCGUCCGAGCCCCCUGCCCGUGCUGGCUUAUGCUCGCCUCUCCCACCGUAGCUCUGGCCGCUUCCUGUCCCAGGAUGACCUAGUUCAGACCAUUGGUGUGAGUGUGGCGUUGGGAGCUGCUGGCGUGGUGCUCUGGGGAGAUCUCUCCUUUUCCAACUCAGCUGAGCAGUGUGGGCGCCUCCGGGAUUACGUGAUGGGUACCCUGGGCCCCUAUGUGCUCAAUGUGACCAGGGCUGCCCGCGCCUGCAGCCGUCAACUCUGCCAUGGCCACGGGCGCUGUGCCAGGCAGGAGCCAGGGCAGCUUGGCACCUUCCUCCAUUUACAGCCUGGGGCAGAGGGUGCUUCCUUAGGUGGCAAAGAGAACUGGCCAUCCUUUCACUGCCACUGCUACCAUGGCUGGAUGGGCAAGGCUUGUGAAAUGCCUAUCCGGGGCCCUGAGUGA